GGUCUCACUCCUGGAAACACAAAAAGCGUCUCUCCUACACUCCCAUAAACCCGUCACUCUUCUCUUUCACACAACCCAAUUCACCUUCGCUUCACCUAAAGAAUCAAGAUGCAACUCCGUUUCUCAUUUUUCGCUCUCGCCUUGUUGGCCCUCAACGCAGUCGCCACGCCCAUCUCCUACGCCGACUCGGAGGACCUCGAAAUCCGAGGCAAGAAGCCCAACCCCCUCCCAGCCGUCAACCAAAAGGUCGCCAAACUGCCCGACGAUCUCCGCCGCAAAGUCUUCGGUCACUGGAAGAAGCAGACUUUGCAACGUGCCAACGCUCGGGUUGGACACAAGGCGAUUAUGCAGGAGUUGAAGGGACAGGCUCCUCCCGGCCGCUGGACUGAUCGCACUACAGCUGCUUGGGCUGUACACCAGAAGAACAAGAAUCUGAGGAGGGAGUUGCUGGACUCGGACGAGCUCGAAGUCCGAGGUAGGAAGCCCAACCCGCUGCCGCCUGUCAACCAAAAGGUCGCCAAAUUGCCUGAAGAACUCCGCCGCAAAGUCUUCGGUCACUGGAAGAAGCAGACUUUGCAGCGUGCAAACGCUCGGGCUGGACACAAGGCGAUCGUGCAGGAAUUGAAGGGACAGGCUCCUCCCGGCCGCUGGACAGAUCGAACUACCGCAGCUUGGGCUGUGCAUGAGAAGAACAAGAAUUUGAGGAGGGAGUUGGAACUUUUGGAUGAGGUUGAGGAGUUGUUGUAAAUAGAUGAUCAUGAUGACCUGUGGUUCUCUUUGAUGCUGUGUAUGUCGUGUUUGAAUGGAAUUGGGCGCAGAACCGCUACACUGUCCGAAUC